AUGGUGGAUCCUCCUGGCCGAAGCUCCAAAUUUCAUGGCCUAGUACGCGACGAAAGGUGCAAACCAGCAAUUGAUCUUGCUCCAAAGUCAGACUUCCUCGAUCGGGUCACUCUUGCAAUGGGCAAACAAUUACGACCCGCCAGGGUUUUCCAGACUGUCACCGAAGAGCUGAGCCACCGAAUCUUGCCGCAACAUCAAGUCCAGGCGCCGCCAUGGUACAAGGCCCUGAAGUCGAUCCCCCCUACCGAGACAGUCAUAAGGUCGCGCGCGACCAUUCUCCAGGCGUCUACAUCCAAGAGCAGGAAGCCUCGAAACCUAUUCAAGCCCCAGCAGAUCACCUACGAGGAGGAUGAACUACGAACGAUAUUCUUUAAGGACCAUCCUUGGGAGCUGGCGCGCCCAAGAGUCGUACUCGAACUCGAUGGAAAGGAUUGGCAACGAUGUGAUUGGAGUCGUGGCCUGCGGCAACCCGGACUGGCGAUCAGCGGCGAAAGUGUCGUGCAAAGACAAAUGUGGCUCAUGAACAAUACCGGUUUGCCACGCGAUCAAGCCUACGACAUAGCCAGGAAAGAGUUCUACGCUCUGGGCCAGGAAGAGGAGGUCGAGAAGAGGGUAGCUAGAGAAGAGGCCCGGUACGUCGGGGCUUACUUUGGCAAGAACAAGCUGGAUAUCGCGCAGGAUCUCGAGGACAAGCAGUACGAGACUUGGAAGCAGUGGGCUCAAUCCGAGGUUGUCCGGAUAGAGCAAGAUCGAAGUGCCUCCUAUCACAAGUUUGGCAAGGGAGACGAAGCUACAGACGACGAUGUUGCGGCGGUUGAGGCUGCUGAGAAGGAAUAGAUCCUCCCUUCAUGGGUGUGUACGACUUGUUGUAUUAAUAACUACGUACGAGAGCAAUGUACAAUACGCUGCAGAAGCUCGGAGCAUCUCAACUACUGGCCUGGUCUACCACUAGACAUCCCGCGUUGGGCACGCCGUAUCUCUGGGCUACGUACUCAUGCUGAACGAGAAACACGUCUGCGAUUUUGGUGUAGUAGAAGAGCUUUCCUGUGAGGCUCAGAGUCUUGAUGCGCGCCCAUGACUCUACAUAGAAAAUCUGCAUGACGUCUUCUGGUGCGAGGAAGAAAAGUUUCAGAACGUGGGCAACAAGUCCUACGAAGAAACCUGUAGCCGGGCCAUUCGUAAUGAUGAUAUCAGGAUACUUUUGGCGACUUCGGGUACCGGCAAACGGUGAGUUGGUCAGGAGAGGAAAUAUCUCCAAGACAGACAACAGAGCAGUAAGAGGCGUGGAGAGUAGUGGCUGAUGGACUUUGCGAGCCCGCGUAACGGUGUGUACAUCGUAUGUUCCCGCUUCAGACUCGCCGUGAGCAUUCAGAAGCAUUUCUUCAAAAGCCUUGACCUGUUUGAGCGACAUUGCAUCUCCGCUCGAUACGAGAUAACGGCGGUGAAUGGAUGAGAGCGGAGCGAAGCCGAUUCCCAGCAUGGCAAGCAUCUCCUUCGUAUGGCCACCUGAGCCCAGGACGACAAGAAGAUAUGCUCCAGUAAGGUUUGCAGUCUUGCUCACAUGACUC